AUGGACAGGUACACAAGUGUUGCUUCCAAGAACGAAAAUGCCCCGGAGUUGCGGGCACGGGCGGUGCUUUCGAAGGAGAAUGUCGCACCCGGAGUUCGAACCGCACUUUCGACCAUCUCGAAAUCCGAGACGAAUGCAGCGGUUCGCAGACCACUGGCCGACAAAACGAACCUGGCAAAUAGGAGCAAGUAUGUGUCCAAGGCAGUGCCAAUCGAAGAGAUGACCGACGAAUUGGACGAGGAAAGCGCAUCUGAUAAUCAGGAGCUCGACGUGGAGCCGUUGUCCCCCCAAUGGGAUAAGGAGAUCUAUGGUGAGCUAAAACAGGUUUUGCGGGAAUUCUCAAGGCGGACAGUUGAUGUUGAUGACGAAGAUAACUACGACGUGACGAUGGUGACCGAGUAUGCGCCUGAAAUUUUUGCAUAUCUCCACGAAUUGGAGAUCAAGUUCCAACCAGGAGCCAAGUACAUGUCUCAACAAGAUGAGCUUACCUGGGAAUCGAGAAGCACAUUGAUCAAUUGGAUUGUGCAAAUCCACGAAAGAUUCAAGCUUUUGCCCGAAACUCUGUACCUGACCGUCAACUGCAUUGACAGGUUUCUAAGCAGAAGAAUGGUCUCGCUUUCGAGAUUCCAGCUGGUAGGAGCAGUAGCUCUCUUCAUCGCAGCCAAAUACGAAGAGAUUAACUGUCCCUCGGUGAAAGACAUAGCCUAUAUGAUCUCACACGAGUUCAGCACCGAGGACAUUUUGCGCGCAGAAACCUUCAUGAUCAACAUCCUUGAGUUUGACAUGGGAUGGCCCGGGCCAAUGUCAUUUUUGAGGAGAACUUCAAAAGCGGACGACUAUGACAAUGAGGUCCGCACUUUGGCCAAAUAUUUCCUCGAAAUUUGCAUAAUGGACGCGCGUUUCGUGGCAUCGGAACCAAGCUGGCUUGCAUCUGGUGCGCACUUUCUGUCGAGGCGGAUGUUGGAACGCGGAGAAUGGACCUCUGCCCAUGUCUUUUACUCUGGAUACACCCAGAAGCAACUGAUUCCACUUGCGGAUGCCAUGCUAGACGCUUGUCGCAAUCCAAAGAAACACCACCCAGCCAUCUAUGAGAAGUACAGGGAAAAGAAAUAUUUCAGGAGCGCGGACUUUGUCCAGGAUUGGAUAAGGUCGAUGGGGAUUUGA